AUGUCUCGUCAGCAAGCAUCGUAUCAACGAGCUACAGGAUCCAAUGCAUCCUUCAAUGACAAGGGAAAGCCAAUGGAACUGCGAUUAUCCAAUAUGACGGCGGCCAAAGCUAUUAGCGACGCCGUGCGGACAUCGCUGGGUCCUAAGGGAAUGGACAAGAUGAUCCAAACCUCCAAGGGCGAGGUCAUUGUCACAAAUGAUGGAGCAACAAUACUAAAGAGCAUUCAGGCUCUGCAUCCUGCAGCAAAAAUGCUGGUAGAUUUAUCUGCCGCGCAAGACGUUGAAGCUGGUGACGGUACGACCUCCGUGGUGGUACUGGCCGGUAGCUUUCUAGGUGCUGCAGAGAAAAUGUUACUGAAGGGUAUACACGCCACGAUCGUCGCCGAGGCUUUCCUCAAGGCAUCUGCUAAGGCUGUGGAAUAUUUGACCGAGAUAUCGACCCCGGUGGACUUGAACGACAAACAAAGCCUCCUUCGUGCUGCUAGCACCUCUCUUAACUCCAAGAUCGUCUCGCAGUAUUCAUCUACUUUGGCACCAAUAGCUGUCGCUGCUGUGACUCGCCUUGUGACCCCCACUUCAUCCAAUGUGGACCUUCGGGACAUUCGCGUGGUUAAGAAAGUUGGGGGAACAAUCGAGGAUACGGAACUAGUGGAUGGUGUUGUUCUCAAUCAAAACGUCGUGGUUGCCGCUGGCGGUCCCACACGGAUGGAGAAGGCUAAGAUUGCAAUCAUCCAAUUCCAACUGAGUGCCCCGAAGCCCGAUAUGGACAACACCGUAGUCAUCAACGACUAUCGCCAAAUGGACAAAGUCAUAAAAGAAGGCAGACAAUACCUUCUCAAUAUCUGCAAGAAGAUCAAGAAGGCCAACUGCAACGUCCUCCUCAUUCAAAAAUCCAUCCUCCGUGAUGCCGUUGACGACACAUCGCUAAACUUUCUCAAGCGGCUAAACAUCCUUGUCGUAAAAGAUGUUGAGCGCGAUGAAAUAGAGUUCUUGUCGAAGAGCUUUGGCUGCAAGCCCGUCGCAGACAUCGACGCCUUCACAGAGGAUAAGCUCGGUUAUGCCGAUCUUGUGGAGGAGGCCUCGCAUUCUGGUGUCAAAGUCGUUCGAGUUACGGGUGUCAAAAACCGAGGCCGCACAGUGAGCAUCUUGGCUAUGGGAGGGAACAACCUAGUUGUCGAGGAGUGUGAACGGAGUCUACACGACGCUCUCUGUGUCGUAAGAUGUCUUGUAAAGAAGCGAGCCCUCAUUGGUGGCGGAGGUGCUCCUGAGAUCCACGUGUCUCGUCUACUGGCACAAUAUUCCCAGUCGUUGAGCGGAAUGGAGGCGUACUGCUUCCAAGCUUAUGCCGACGCCCUCGAGGUUAUCCCAGUGACCCUCGCCGAAAAUGCUGGACUCAAUCCUAUUGCCAUCGUUACGGAGCUUAGAAAUAGGCACGCACUGGGUGAACGAAACGCAGGCAUCAAUGUCCGAAAGGGACUCAUCUCGAAUAUCCUUGAGGAAGAUGUCGUCCAGCCGCUUCUGGUAUCGACCAGCGCGAUAGAACUCGCGACCGAGACAGUGUGCCUACUACUCAAAAUCGACGACUAUGUACAAACACGAUGA